UCUGAAAGCUAGUGUGCUUCCAAUUAAACCUGUUGGACUAUAACCUGGUGUUGUGUGAUUUUUAACUUUAUAUAAGUUUAAGCCUCGUUUAUUUCCCCAGAAUGAUACCUUAUUUACCACUUUUAAUGUAUGUCUUCUAAACUCCUCCUUCACCAGGGCAUUAUUCUCCACUCUGUCUGUUUUGAAGGGAAUUGCAGGUUAAAUGGAGCAGAAUGUUUGCCCCUCCCCCGUGACAUCAGUGGGGCAGUGGUUUGUGGGUAUCAUUCCCCAUUGAUGAUCUCAUAUGAGAGGAGUUCUAUACAAAAUGUCUACUUCGAGGCUGUCUUACCAGUAUAAUUCAGACCAGCAAAGCAUGAUGCAGAAAGCAGCCGGUAUCCAAUACAAAGGUGACGCCCUCGAACUUGACUAGGCGGAUGAGGAAUUGUUUAAAAGAGGAAGAUAAAGCUGCUGUUUUGUUUUCAGUUGGACACAGUUUGCAGAAGAGAGCUGUGUCUUGAGGGAUUGAAAAAUGAUCGAUUCCUCAAAGUACGUUGCCAUUGAUUGCGAGAUGGUGGGACUUGGACCCAAUGGCUUUGAGAGUGGCCUGGCACGGUGCAGCAUUGUGGAUUACAGUGGGAAUGUGAUCUACGACAAAUUUAUUAAGCCAGAUGGGAAGAUAACUGAUUUCAGGACCCCUGUGAGUGGGAUUCGUCCAUUAGAUAUGGAUACAGCUUUGCCGUAUCCUAUCGCCAGGGAGGAGGUUUCCACCAAUUUCAUUCAGAUUUUGAAGAUUAUACAAGGGAAAAUUAUUGUGGGCCAUGAUCCUAGAUCUGACUUCCGGGUCCUGAAAACGGACAUCUCAAAUUAUGCCAUACGGGACACAUCUUCAUGCAAGUUACUGAUCAUGAAAGCAAGACUGAAAACCGACAGGCGUGCCUCGUUAAAAAGCCUCUGCCAGAAUCUACUGGGGAAAAGGAUACAGGAUAGCCACAAAGGACACUCCUCUGUUGAAGAUGCGAGUGCGGCUAUGGAACUUUUUAAACUCGUGGACAUAAUGUGGGAAAUGCACCUCCGUGAGGGACGCAAAGUGGAGAUAGUGAAUCGUUUUGAGAAUCGAAACAGAUAUCAGUGAAUAAAACAGCAUUGCCAGAUUACAGAUAGGAACUCUGAUUUUCGUGUGUCACAGCGAACAUGGAAUGGUGUCUGCUGUUAACUCGAGAUCAACAUGCUGCACUGCACUGUUUCAUUUUUCUCUCUGCUUACAUUUUCUCUCACUUCCUUUUGGGUUUUGGUCUCCACAUUCAAAUGGCUGUUUGCCAUGUGUGACCCGAGACUAUGAGCCCGCUGACAGGCGGGAGGUGGAAGAGGUGGGGGGUGAUUCACAGCUGCUCUCAUUACCCCCCCACCCCUUUACAAUCCUGCAUCCUCUCCAGAAGCCACUGGGAGGUGAUCAGGAGCAUGAACCCUGCCUGUUUAUCGACCCACCUCCCCAGCCCUCCUAGCCUUAGCUCAGGGAUUACGGACAAUUGCAAUCAGUUCAUUUGUGUCCGCGUGACUGCAGAUUAACCAUGGAUCAGGGUGUUGUUGGGGGGGAGGGGAGGUUGAAGAAGGGGGAGGAGGAUGGUGGACCUUCUGUUCUGUCCAACACAAUACACUGCACUCUGUUGUUCAUUCACUCAUUGAGGCACGGAGGCAGUUUUAAUGCAGCUGCUCCUGAAUAGAUUACAAGAGCUCUUAUUUGAUCUGCUCUUAAAUACUUGGGUAUGUGUCCAUGUGCGUGAAGGAAUUUCGUGCUUCUCAGGAUGAGGGACAAUGCCUUUAAAGGUCACAUUUAUCCAUCCAAGGCAUCUCCAUCACAAGCACUUCUAAGGCCAAAGUUAUCACUAUUUAAUAUCAACUCGUUUUGGAGCAACCUCGCUGUCUCACACUGGAUUGUUUACAGUCUCAUUGCUCGACAGUCUGUUUAUUAAUUCUGCAAAAGUCUUUUGCUCGUUCUAUAUAAAAUUACAUCAAAUAAACAGCACAGAAACAAGGAAUUCAUUCAA